UAGAUAGUUAAAUGUUUCAUUAUCAACAAAAGAAUGCUAAUUUUUCUCAUUAAAGCAACAUUUUCUUUUGGGUUUUUUGUUAUUUAUUUAUUUAUUUAUUUGGUAAAAUCCAUCAAUGGUAAUGUAAGAGUAGAAGAAUCCCUUUUAACCAAAACUAAGGGGUUCCGUUAGCUUGUGUUUUCCCUCUCUUUGGGGUUCUGCGAGCCCAACCCAUCUUUAUCGGGUUGUUAUAACAAUGGAUUAUCCAUCAAUUGGGGCCCAAUAAACAUAUUCAGAACCCUAAAAAAACAUCAAAUUUCUGACUCCAUCCCUAGAGCCGCCCGCUAAAGCUCCAUUCCAACUUUUCAGGAAACUGAAGAAUCCGUUGAGUGGAUUCCGUUACCAUAAUCCUUCACGAUGGAGAUGGCCUCGAAGACUGAUUCUGAAAAUGGCUCCCUCACUCUGGUUAAGCAAGGAGCUGAAGCUAGAGUUUUCGAGUCAGUGUUUGUGGGAAAAAGGUCCAUCGUCAAAGAGCGUUUCUCCAAGAAAUACAGGCAUCCUUCUCUUGAUUCUAAACUCACUCUCAAGCGUUUAAACGCGGAAGCUAGGUCCAUGACAAAGGCUCGGCGACUUGGCGUUUCGACUCCGGUUCUUUUCGCUGUCGACCCUUUGCUCCAUACUCUGACGUUUGAGUACGUGGAAGGUCCUUCCGUUAAAGAUGUUUUCCUUGAAUUCGGGUUAACAGGCGUCGUCCAAGAACGUUUAGAUGAUAUCGCCACUCAGAUUGGCGACGCAAUUGGCAAACUGCACGACGGUGGACUUGUUCACGGUGACCUCACCACGUCAAACAUGUUAAUCAGAAAUGGAACUAGUCAGCUUGUCCUUAUUGAUUUUGGUCUUAGCUUUACAUCAACUCUUCCAGAAGACAAAGCUGUUGACUUAUAUGUGCUGGAACGAGCCUUGAUUUCAAUGCAUUCUUCGUGUGGGAAUGUGAUGGAUCUUAUACUUGCUGCAUACAAGAAAUCAUCAAAGCAGUGGUCUUCCACGUUUAACAAGCUAGCUCAAGUGCGACAAAGGGGCCGAAAACGCACCAUGGUUGGAUGAGCCUCCUUCAUUGGAUUAUAAACUACGAGAAAUCUGUUGAGAUUGAUUAAUGCAAUGGAAAAAGGUGGUUAAAAUCUUUAUAUUGUGAAUUUUCUGUAUAUUGCAAUUGUAAUGCACACGUUUGGAGCAUUGAACCUAAUAAUGGUGUACAAGUACAUGAUUUAUUUUGCUUGGGAUCAUGUAGGUUGGACCCAGUCUUUCAAUUCAGAAUGCUGAAUUCCAAUUAGCUUGCCUUAGUGUUGGAUAACUUUGAUUGCGUUCAAGUGAUAAAAGGCAUAAUUAUUCUAAUCAACAAGCUAUUUGUCACGGUCUGCUGAGAUCUAAGGCUGAAAUUGUAAAAUGGUGGAUCUUUCUAUCUAUCUAUUUAUAUAUAUAUAAGCAAGAUGACACUAAAAUGUUCUUAUAAAGAAACUUUUUUGGCCAGAUUUUGGUAGACCUGAAGGAUUUCCUUUCCUUGAAGUCGUGGUCGUGGGCCUAAAUUGUUUAGCUCCUAUUAUGAGCUCACGAAUGGUGGAAUUUGGUGCUUUGGACUCUAUAGCCAUUGAUUCCUACCAAUGGUCCGGUCCUAGUAUAUCGAGUUGUAAUACUUCAUUUGGAUUUGCAAUUAUAAACUCAUCCUAGCAUAAAACUUUACUAGCUUGAAGUGAAAUUAAAAGGAACAGGUUGUAACUACUAGUCUACUAGUUUUCUACAACGAUAUCUUAAGUUUAUAAUUUUGCAAUCAAAUCAUAUUUUUUCAUAUAAGAUUCUUCAAACUUGAUUUGCAAAAAUUGGCGGUCUUAUAAGCCCACGUGAAACAUGUGAAGUGCGGUUUCUUUGAAUCUGUAACACUUGGUUAGUACUUUGCUUUCCAAAGCAUUUAUGUCUUUCACUUUCUGUCAUCAUCGUUCCUAAACAUCAUUAGAACAAUAGGCUGUCUUUUCAAGCUCUAUUUAAUAAUUCAUUAGGGUGGGCUAUUUCAAUGUGAAAGAGGAACCGAAAACUUUUGAGAUAUCCCCCCAAACUCAUAUUUCAAUUGGCCAUGGUUUUGCAACAGUUUGGUUGAUAGGCCAAUUAUGAGCCAUAUCGGAUAAUUCAAUUAAUUACGGUAAGAUUGGGCGGCAAAAAUGAAAGCUAAUAGCAGUUUGAUUGAGAUUAAGGCUGUUUUCAAUUUUGGAUCGAAUUGCAGUGGCCUAACAACUUUGUACUUGGUGUAUGUAAACAUCAAAUUUAAACUUGGGAUAAUACACAUUUCUAGAAGUUGGGUUUGGGCAGGUUUCAAAAGAUGGGCAAUGCUUUUGGAAUAAGCCGAAAUGGAAUCUGUAAUGAAGCUAUGAACAAAUUUUAGAUAAUUUUGGUUAUGGACGUGCUUGGUUUCAUAACUUUGUCACGCAAUUUAGUUUUUUUUUUUCCUUCUUCUUUAAAGCCGUUUGCAGAUUGAGCUGCCGGCUGCCUCUGCUGUUUUCGAUCAAUCAAUCUCAUGACAUGAUAUUGUUUGCGUUUUAAUUUAGUUUCUUUUUUAUGGUCAAUUUUGGUUUUCCAUAAUUAGGACAUUAACAUUUUUGUAGUCUUAGUUAGGUGAUAGUACUUUAAUUGGUUUUGCCUGGGGAUGCAGUUAAAAGAUUAUGAUCACAAGCUCUGAUCGCUGCUUUGAUGAAAUCUGCCGAAAGCAACAUCUUAACAUCCAUUCUGCUGCAUAUUUUGGCCUGUACCAAUGCAAAGAAAAGGUAAACUAGUCAAUUUCUCUUUAACCAACCAUUUGUUAGCAACUGUGGAUUUGAGUGCCUUUUGUGAAUCACUUGGAAAUUCCUUUCACAAAAAUGGAUUGAGUUCUUGAGUUGUUAGUUGUUAGAUUUUGAAGGAGCAUCAAAAUAAUGUUGACUGCAGCAAAUGAAUUGUUCAUGAAGGGAAGCCUUGACAAAGGUACAAGAAAAAUCCUCUAUAUGUACCUUUGUAAAUAUAGAUUUUGAAGGUGCAUCAAAAUAAUGUUGACUGCAACAAACUUCAACCAAAGUUUUUAAACAUUUACAGGAAAGCAUUGAUGUAUUUUGGUGAAUACUUAUAAUGGCAUGCGUUUGGUUGAAGUUGAAAUCAGUCAUUUUAAUGGAAAAUCGAAAGUCGCUUCUUGGAGUUCUUUUCUAGUUAUUAUUAAUGCUUAUAGGCUGGUAGAAUGAUGUUACACUUAGUUGGUAUUCAGUAAUAAUGGAGUUACCAGUGGC